AUGCAGCGCGCCUUCUUGAAACCUCUGAAGACCGUGCCCUCUACCGGCGACGGCAAGCUCAACCCUGACACGACAGUGUCCGACCUGUUAAAGCGCUCGUUCAAGGAGAAGACUGACAGCGGCUUUCCCGAGACGGCAGCGCUGGCGGAGGACAACGCCAGCGCUAAGUCUUUGUCCGUGGCCGAUGCCACCUGCCAUGGCGUCGAGAUCCACGGCAUCUGCAGUCCAGUGCUCAGCGUGCUACGGCGCCCCGGUUGCGUGGUGGCCUUCUUCUGCAGCUGCGCGUUCAUGCAGGGACUGAUCACCAACGGGUGCGUCAACUCCAACCUCGCCACUUUCGAAAAGCGCUACCAGCUUCGCAGCGUCGAGACGGGCAUCAUCGGAAGCCUGUACAGCGUCUCAUCGCUCUUGGUGCUCCUCCCGGUGACGUACUUCGGCCAGAACCGCAACAAGCCGCUUUUCAUGGCCUUCGGGACGUGCCUGAUGGGCGUCGGCUCGCUCACCAUGACGCUACCGUACUUCCUGGGGCCGCCGUACUCGUUCAGCCAUCCCCGACCGGACACGUGCGACCCGCACCCGAGCAACGACAGCGCCUGCAGCGGAGACGCCGGAGACCUGCGAAGCUACAAGUGGUUCUUCUGGAUCGGGAACCUCCUCAACGGAGUGGGCACCUCUCCCUACUUCACCCUCGGCGUUGCCUAUUUGGACGAAAACUUUCACAGGGCAGUCUCGUCCAAGUACAUCGCUGCUUUUCAAGCCAGUGCGGUGGUUGGUCCGGCGACGGGGUUCGUCCUCAAUGGACACUUCCUGAAAUACUACGUCGACCAAAACGUCAACCCCGAACUGCUUGGCCUUAGCCGCGACAGCAGCGCCUGGGUCGGCGCCUGGUGGCUCUGCUUUCUGUACGCCGGCCUGCUCUGCUUCGCUGUCGCCUUGCCUGUUAGUUUUCUACCAGCGGAACUGCCAGAACGCGCGUGCGUCAUGGCGCAGAAAAAGAUCGACUCCGCAGGAUGCGGACGCGUCGGCACCGGGAACCUAAGGAGCACUCUCCUGGCGUUGAUACGAAUAAAGCCGUUCAUCCUGGUCUGCUUCGCCGGCGCUGCAGAAUUGAUGGUCGCUAGCGGACUUUCGUCGUUCCUGGUGAAGAUGUUGCAAGCGCAGUUCAGCAUGACCGCCUCCUCGGCUUCAAUGAUUAUGGGAUCGGUGACAAUCCCCACGGCCAUGGUCGGGAUCAUGCUCGGGGGACUCGUGGUCUCGCGUUACCAGCUCGGCGCGGCAGGCAUUGUGCGCAUGUGCGUGCUCGUGCUCACCGUGCCCAUCACCCUGAUCACGGUGCUGCUCUUCCACUGCGACAACAUACCCUACCGCAACGUCGGGUACACCACUGGCCUCUUGAGCGUGGAGAACGUGACAGUGUCCCUGGCGGAGCCGUGCAACCGCGGGUGCAGCUGCACCAAGUCACGCUUCAACCCGGUGUGCGGUCGGGACGGCUACACCUACUACUCUCCCUGCUACGCCGGCUGCCUACGCGAGUACGCCACCGCCAGCAGCAGGGCGUAUGCCGUCUGCCGCUGCGUCAACGAUAGCGCUGCCGGCCAUUCUCACCUGGGUACGGUGGCCGACACCGGAGUGGACAUCGAGGCCGUGCGAGACAAGUGCCGCAACCCGUGCAGCCUCGUCAACGUGUUCAUUCCCGUACUGGCGGCCAUCAUAUUCUCAACCUUUUUCCUCAGCACUCCGGCAGUGGCUGCAACGCUGAGGUGCAUACCCGAAGAUUACAAGUCUGUCGGCCUCGGAAUCAAGUGGAUAAUAGUGCGAGCAUUCGGUCUGAUCCCGGCCGGUGCCGCCUUCGGGCACACCAUCGACGCCAGCUGCGUGCUGUGGGAAGAGCCGUGCGGGUCGUCGCAAGGCGCGUGCGCCAUCUACGACAACCGGCUCCUCAACAGGAACGUGUACUUUCUCAUCCUGGGUCUGAAGAUGGCAUCCUUCUGCUGCUUCGGCAUGGCCCUCUUCUUCCUCGGCAAGAAGCCACAGGAUCCAGUGGUGGCGGUGGCGGCCAUACCUUGA